CCGAUCUUUAAUUGCCCACUUGAUUUUGGCACUGUUUUCGUCUGCUACUGUACGCCCUCUCUCCCUGAUUGGCUCUCGUUGAAGGCAGGGCAGUAUAAAUACUCUAACGUUACUGUCUUCCUUCCUUUUUUGGGGAAGCUUGCGGAACUCUCGAUACCAGCAUGCCUGUCAUCAGAACCCUCAGCAAGGUGGCCAAGCAGGCCCUGCUCAGCACCCCGGGCUGCGGCUGCCAGCCCCUGAUGGUGGCUGUGCGCAACAUCAGCUUCUCCCCUCGGCAGGUGACAUCUGACGCCUCCUUCCACUCUGUGUCCUUCUCAGAAACAGACCACCCUAAGGUGCUCAUUACAGGUGGCCUGGGUCAGCUCGGGGUGGGGCUCGCCAAACUCUUGAGGAAAAGGUUUGGGAAGAACAACGUCAUUCUGUCAGACAUCAGGAAACCUCCAAGCAACGUUUUCCACAGCGGCCCUUUCAUCUACUCAGACAUCCUGGACUACAAGAACCUGCGGGAAAUUGUGGUGAACAACCGCAUCACCUGGCUGGUUCACUACAGCGCCCUCCUUAGUGCUGUUGGCGAAGCUAAUGUGGCCCUGGCUCGCUCUGUUAACAUCACCGGGCUUCACAACAUCCUGGACAUUGCAGCAGAGCACGGCUUGCGUCUGUUUGUUCCCAGCACCAUUGGUGCCUUCGGCCCCACUUCCCCCCGGAACCCUACGCCAGAUCUCUGUGUGCAGAGACCUCGCACCAUCUACGGAGUCUCCAAAGUCCACGCUGAGCUGAUGGGAGAGUACUACCACCACCGCUACGGCCUGGACUUCCGCUGUCUCCGCUACCCAGGAAUCAUCUCUGCUGACUCCAUGCCCGGAGGCGGAACCACAGAUUACGCUGUCCAGAUUUUCCAUGAUGCAAUCAAAACUGGCAAGUUUGAGUGCAACUUGAAACCCGACACACGACUGCCCAUGAUGUACAUUGACGACUGUCUGCGUGCCACACUGGAGGUGAUGGAGGCGCCAGCUGACUCACUGAGCAUGAGGACCUACAACAUCAACGCCAUGAGCUUUACUCCCGAGGAACUGGCCCAGGAGCUUCAGAAGCAGAUGCCCGAGCUGGAGGUCACGUAUGAUGUUGACCAUGUACGACAGGCCAUUGCUGACAGUUGGCCGAUGAACUUUGACGACUCCAACGCGCGAAAGGACUGGGGCUGGAAGCACGAUUACGAUCUCCCAGAGCUCGUCCAGACAAUGCUUAACUACUUUGGUGCAGAUACGCGCAUGGCUCGCGCAAACUGAGGGCGCACAACAUCGGUUCGCGUAUUCUUUGUACAUAAUGUAAAGAAUGACCAAAGAGAAUAGAGAAACGAGGCCUGUACAUAGUCGUUCUCUCACUUCUCUGUAAAAUCAGAAGGGCUCUGCUUGCCUGGUACAAGGCUUCUGUGUCUGCAGAAUGUAAAGGGCACCGCAGGCUAGACAAUCCUCCCCACGGGUGUCUACCUACCCCUGCUUUGUUCUCUUUGUCCUUGGAGAUUUGGCGAGAAGCCGUCUAUCGGUGGAAAGUUGUCAGUGGUAUCAGAGUUAACAACGUGGCCUGUAAAAACUUAUUUUGGAUGGAAAAAGAGGAUGACUUGCAUGUGAUGAAUUGCGCAAUAUUUUUGCAAUGUUUUCUUGGCAAAAAUCCAUUUAACAAACUGUUGCAUUGUUUAUUUGUAAGCUCUUCCACCUGUUUUUCUUUCGAAAUCCAAGUCGCUCUGGGUUUUGUUUUCUGCUAAAUUUUUGAGGAUUGUCAAUAUUCAGGGUCUAAAGCUCCUGGGGUUUAAAUCAGGUAGGUGUACAAAUGACCUUUGAUGGACUUUAGAAAUUACCAGCAAGAAAAUGCGCCUAAAAACCUGCAGGAGCAAUUUCUGGUGCAGUGCAUCUGUAUUUCGAGCAAUGCAGAGCAAUGAUUCUUCUGUUUAUUCCAAGUAGUAUUAUUUAUUCUGUCUGUUGGUGUUCAACAUGUGGGCUUCACCAAGCAAAAGCAAUUCUUAACAUUCUAAGUGUUACUGUCUGCUUUUGUUUAUUUUUUUUCAUCAACUCUGGGGAAUUAUUUUGACGUAAAGGGAAAUGUGACUCUGUAUGCCACAUUUACAAUUAGCCACAUUUGGUGGUUUCUGUAUUUCAACAUUUUGUAAGAAAAAUGCUGGAAUUGAUUUCUAUGUGAAAGUCUUAGCAGGUUCUCUCUCUGUUUCAGUCACAACAAGCUUUGACAAUAAAGCCUUUUUCCACAAA